GUACUAAAGUACGAGAUAACAUGUGUGUUUCCAAGCCCAAGCUGGUUUGCGCCGAAACCUAGACAGGUAGACUGACUUGACUACUUUGGAUCCUUUGCAAGAGUCCAGGGCUUAAAAUUGAUCUUUCUUGUCCUUUUCUGGACCUGGCGCAGUUUGCGUAUAAUCCUAAUCUGGUCCCACUAAACCUAAUCUCUCUUUACCAUAAUCCCGAAACGUUCGACCGUCCAUCUUUUCUAUCUCGCCUGAGUUACCGCUUGAGUACCUGCACGAUCAAACGUCUUCACCCCGGAGUCCAAAGAGCCCCUUUUCAGCAGAAAACUCAAUUCAAACUCUAAGAUGUCUAGUCAGGUCCAAGUCAACAGCGACUCAGCGGCGCACCCAGGAGAUCAGCAUGAGGUCCCUAGCUAUGAGGCUCACGGGAAUUUUGAUACCCUCAAGGACCGCAUUAAGCUACACUACAACGUCGCCUCUGAUUAUUACUACUCCCUCUGGGGACAGCACAUUCACCACGGGUAUUGGAGGUCUGGUGAUGAGACCAAGGAGGAGGCUCAAGUGAACUUGAUCAAAUAUCUUCUUGAGCUUUCCGGUCUCCCCAGAUCCACAAACGUUCUCGAUGUUGGCUGUGGUAUUGGCGGCACCUCCCGCUACCUCGCCAAAGAGCAGGGCUGUCACGUUACCGGCAUCACCAUCAGCGGCAAGCAGGUCGAGAUUGCAAAACGCUUGACUCUGGCUGAUAGCCCUGUCGGCGAGCAGUUGCAGUCGUCGGAUGUUCUGUCUUUCCCUCCCGGCAGCGUGCGGUAUCUGGAGCUUGAUGCCGAGAAGAUGCGCGACCAUUUCUCAACCAAUGGCGGCAAGCCCGAACACGGAUUUGACUGUGUUUGGAUAUCUGAAGCUCUCUCGCACUUUCCCAACAAGCAGCUGUUCUUUGACAACGCAUUCUCGCUUCUUGGAACUAGUCCAUCGUCACGACUUGUGGUCGCUGACUGGUUCAAGGCUCCGAAUCUGACCGAGGAACAAGACAAGGCAGACAUUAAGCCUAUCGAAGAUGGCAUGCUCCUCCCCCCCAUGUGCACUGUGGAUGAGUACGUCGCAAUGGCCAAGAAGGCCGGUUUUAGGCUGAGCGCAGCCGAGGACAUCAGCAAGGACGUUGCAAAAACAUGGGAUAUCUCAUGGUCUCUAGUCUCUUCACCCUCUUUGUGGGCUUUUGCAAUUUCUUGGGGCAGAGACGGUCUCAAUUUCCUCCAAGCCUUCCGAGCAAUGAGGAGAGGCUACGCCAAUGGCACGUUCAAGUACGCUCUGAUCGUCUUUGAUAAGAACUAGAAGCUUGUUUCCAGUAGACACGACAGCGACGUGGACCUGGCGAUAAAUUAUAGGCUAGAUUGAUGAUACUUUGCUCUGACACUACGCCGAGCUGCAUGUCGCAUUGCUAGAUAUACAAAGUGCAAUUCAUCAUCUCUACCAUAUAGCCAACG